CAGCACGAAGCAAUUCCGAGGUCUUCCGCUUUCCCCGAAGUUCUUGACAGAUCCGACUUCAGAUUGAGAGAAUUCAAGAUGGCUGCCACAGGUUCUGAGUAAAGGACUUGCUCCUCUGGAUCUCACUGUGCAUGAAGCUCUCCUGAGGCUGUGGUGUCUAACUGCUGCAUCCCCUUGCUCAUCCUGCCUCUCAUCAUGUCCUCUACCUCCUCCUCGUACUCCUCCUCAGGAGAGACCAGUCCGGAGGAUGUACCCCGAGGUGGGGGCACAAUCCGAGUCUACCUCCCGAACAAACAGAGGACAGUGGUGAACGUUCGCCAAGGACAGACCGUGCACGAGAGUUUAGAUAAAGCCCUUAAAGUCAGAGGCCUGAGCCAAGAAUGCUGCGCUGUAUUUCGCCUUCUGGAAGGCCGUAAAAGACUGACCGACUGGGACACGGACAUCACUCCUCUGGUUGGAGAGGAGCUUUUAGUUGAGGUUCUAGAUGAUAUCCCCCUCACCAUGCACAACUUUGUACGGAAAACGUUCUUCAAGCUGGCCUACUGUGAUUUCUGCCACAAGUUUCUCUUUAACGGAUUUAGAUGUCAGACAUGCGGCUACAAAUUUCACCAGCACUGCAGCAGCAAGGUCCCCACUGUGUGUGUGGACAUGGAUACGGUGAGCAAACGCCCGGCGUCACAUCACAUCCCAACACGAUGUGACUCCACUACCUGCACAGACGAGUACCCACGGAUACUACUGCCUGAUAGUUCCCCCUCGCAGAGCAACCUAGCCUUAACCCCUGAGCCUUCUGGGAUGGACCUCCUUUCCCCGACCUCAGCCUUCCGCUUCCCCAUGCCGGCUGGAGACGGACAGUCUCUACAGAGGCACCGCUCCACCUCCACUCCUAAUGUUCAUAUGGUCAGCACAGUGGGGCCUGCUGGAGUCAGCAUCAUAGAGGAAGCAAUAAAAUUCAACAACACAAUGGGCCCUGAGCCCUCACCGAAGCCCUCCACCAGCCCACCGUCUUCUCUCGGCUCUCCAGGAAGGAGACCUCCCAAGUCGCCAUCAGAGCGCAAGCCCUCCUCGUCGGAUGAUAAGAAGAAAGUGCACCGAGGAGGAUACAGAGACUCAAGUUACUACUGGGAGGUGCACUCGCGAGAAGUCAGCAUUCAGAAAAGGAUAGGAGCCGGCUCCUUUGGGACUGUCUUCAAGGGCAAGUGGCACGGAGACGUGGCAAUCAAGAUCCUUAAGGUCACAGAGCCGACACCUGAGCAGCUACAGGCCUUCAAGAAUGAGAUGCAGGUCUUGCGGAAGACCCGCCACGUCAACAUCCUGCUGUUCAUGGGCUACAUGACUAAGCCCAACUUUGCCAUCAUCACUCAGUGGUGUGAAGGCAGCAGCCUGUACCGCCAUCUGCACGUCACAGAAACCAAGUUUGACACUAUGCGUCGUAUUGAUGUGGCCAGACAGACGGCACAGGGCAUGGAUUAUCUUCAUGCAAAGAACAUCAUUCAUCGAGACCUGAAAUCAAACAAUAUUUUUCUCCAUGAGGGCUGGACCGUGAAGAUCGGGGACUUCGGCUUGGCCACUGUGAAGUCUCGGUGGAGCGGCUCACAGCAGGUGGAGCAACCCAGUGGAUCCAUUCUGUGGAUGGCACCAGAAGUGAUCCGGAUGCAGGACAGCAACCCCUACACGUUCCAGUCUGACGUGUACGGAUAUGGAGUCGUGCUGUUUGAGCUGAUGUCAGGGACCCUGCCUUACUCCAAUAUCAACAACAGAGACCAGAUAAUCUUCAUGGUUGGACGUGGUUACUUGUCUCCAGACCUCAGUAAGCUGUAUAGUACCUCACCCAAGUCAAUGAAAAGGCUCAUCGUUGACUGCUUAAAGUUCAAACGUGACGAGAGGCCGCUGUUUCCACAGAUCCUGGUAGCCAUCGAGCAGGUUCAAGACCUGCUGCCAAAAAUCGAGCGGAGUCGCUCGGAGCCGUCGCUCCAUCGGGCCGUCCACGCCGAGGACCUGAACCCCCUCCUGUUCCACACCACCAGGUUGAUGCCUCUCUAAGCUCCUCAGAGCUCCGCACAGAGAAGCCGUCACCCUGUCCAUAACCACAGCAUUCCAGUGCCUCAGAGAGGCCCCCCCUGCAGGCUAAUAGUCCUGACAGACCACCAACCCUCCACUCACCCCCCUGCUGCUGCUGAAAAACCCUGGACCAGCAGUACUCAGUGUAAAGGGGUAACUUCAGGAGUUAUAGUACGGCAUUGUUCAGUCCAAGAGUCUGUUCUGUUAAACACGUGAGCGAGGUCUGCUCGACACGCGUCUGUCUAAUGGUUCCUGUGAGGCUGUUUUCAUUUCAUGUUUCUCUGUUGAGUCUUAAAGCUGUAUUGAUUAGGAACGCCACUUAUUGGUCAUUGGAACUCCUCAAAGGAACGUACCACUUAAACCGAGCGCGUCAGACCCCGUCCUCCAGAAACAACAUUUCAUAUCCUUACGCUCCACUCAGGGAGUGACGAGAGAGCAGAGCAAGAUACUUAAUGAUGUUGAACAAGCGGAGUGAAAUGCAGAUAUCGCCUUCUACUGUUUAAAACUAAUAUCACAAUGCAAAUGUUGUUGAAUCGAUUUUAAUCCUCCCUUACUUGUAUGGAUUUUUCACCGUCUCGUGAUAUAUCCUUACAUCCCUGAUAAAUACAUUCACAAGAACAUCUCACUGCAGAUGUUAGGACUCCAGAUCUUCUUACCUUUAACCUAACGGGGAAUCAGCAGAGCUGAGUUUAUUGCAGCCUCGAUUGAAACGUUUAUUUGGUUCACAUCAAAGACGACAUGUUGAUAAUUAAAAACCUCAGCCUACUUCUCCUUACAGAAUAGAGUGCUGAAGAGCAAAUAUUGGCCUUACCACUCGCCAGAACGCUUGUAUACAAGUGUUUGAUCAUCAGGAUCUGUUAUGUGUCCUUAACGGUGCAAACUUCUUCCAGCUUUGACCACAAAGCGGUGAUGGUGAGUUUGCAGGAUGCAAACAUACGCCAAGUUUUCUACAUCUGGGUCAGUGCGCCACCUUCACCACUGCUUAAACCGGCCACACCUGAUGAAAAGAUGGCCCCCUUUGGUGUUUGGCCUCACACUGACUUAAAGUAUCUCUUCCCUUGUGGUGUAAUAAGUGAAGUAGCUUACCAAACUCCUGGAUCCUUCACUGACCACACUGUCAGGUGGACAUAAAAACCACGUCUUCUUUUUUUAAUUUAACUGAAGUUAAAGCCCUGACUUCAUCUGGUCAUUUAACACAACACCGCUUCAUGUUGAGGUUUAUUGAGGGUUAAAGGUGACAUAUCAUGCAAAAUCGACUCUUUAAUGGUUCUCUACCUGAAAUAUGUGUCCUUGUCCCGAAAAUGAAAAGAAUCCAUUCUGCCCCUGUUCUGAUUUCUCCACCUUUCUGUAAAUGUGUGUGAAACCAGCCGUUUCAGUUUUCAGUGUUUUUCAUACGUCACAACAAUAUCCGGUCUGUAACCGAAGUCAGAGCUCGGAGCUUGUUCAGUCCAUAGACUGUAUAAAAUACAACUCAACCCCUCCUCUGUUUUUCAUUCCCUGCACACAUGUGUGCUAACAAGGAGCUUAGGAGGGAGGCAUGCUAGUUGUAGGCUGUCUUAAUAAACACAAAGGUCGGUUUUACUCCCCACGUCUGCAGAUUUGAAGAUCUAGUGGAGGAUUUUUAUUUAUCAUGGAAAAGUGCUAGCGCUAGUUAGCAUAGCCACAUAGCUACAUGUUCGUAGCUGUGUACCAAGACACACGUCGACAUACUGACAAAAUAAAACAACAAGAAACACUAAAUCUGUGACCAAUGGUUCAGAAAGGUCCUGCUGCAGGCGCCUCUCAGUCAGGAUCAGAUUCUGGAUCAGAUUUAGAGGGUUGAAGUAAGGCGGGUCUGUGAGCAGCCAACAUGUAAACAUUAGAUCAAAGUGCUGGUCAGCCAAGACCACAUCCACUUCCUGAGGGGGCGUGGUCAGAGAGCUCAUUCUCAUUUAAAGGCACAGACACAGAAAACAGCCUGUUCUGAGGAGGGCUGAAAAGACGGGUUUACAGGCAGACCAAAAUCUGAUUUAUAAGUGUUUUUAUGAGCAAUAAACUUUAAAGACAUGUUUUGGGGACCUCUUAGACCAAUAUAUUUUGAUAUAAAAGAGCAUAAUAUGUCACCUUUAAUGUCAAGUGUUGAUGAUUGGACUUCUCUGCUGUACUAGUCCUGUCAACAGGAGUCAUAAGAGGACACAAAAACGCCGAGUUAGACUUGAUUGUUGAGUGAAGAAGAUCGCCGCCGCUCAAAUGGUCUCAACUCCUCCAGGGUUUUAACCGGAGACCUUACAUCUAGGGCUGGACGAUAAUUCGAUAACGAUAAUUAUCGUGAUAUAAUUUUUCUCGAUCUAAAUAUAAAAAAUGCUCCAUAAAUUUUGGAUAUAAAUAAACCUGUAAUAACACCAUGAUUUGAUGUUUAUCCUGAUAAUUAGCUAUAUGGACUGAUGUGAAAUAUUUUAUCGUGAUAACAUCAUUUUCAGUAUCGCCCAGCUCUACUUACACCAAUACUUUUCACAUUUCAAAGCACUCUAGUGUGUAACGACUUUAUUCUGCAACAUUUGAGGGAGCCAUCAUGUGCUGUUUUUUUCAUAGUCAGUUUUAGUCUUGGUGGUUUGAGGAUCAGCAGCUGUGGGGGUGUUCAAGGAGGUGGUUGGUGGUCUGUGAACCGGCCUCGCCUCUCUGUAUAUUGUUUGUGAUGUGACUGAGCUUAAAGCGUAACGGAUCUUACUGUCUGCAUCAGUCAUGGGUGAUUCCCUGCAGAUCAGAUGUUUUAAACGGUGAUAAUUUAUGUUGUAAAGAAAGGGGCUGGGUACCCGAACUGUUCUUACUCAUUCCAGUGACGUCAGUGGAUCAGGAGGAGGAGGAGGAGGAGGUGUGUGCGUGACACGUGGGGGUGGUCUGGUGGGAUUUGUGUCUGUCACUUUUUAUUUAUUGAUGUCUUUGCAGAUACCUUGUUCUGCAUGUUGUGGCUCUUCUGGAGGUAGAUUUCAUGUUGACAGAGGGAACGCUCUGCAGCAUUCACAUCCCGGCUCUUAAAGGCACGGUACUGUCCGCUCCUCUGACCCGCUUUGAUCCUGUCUCCUGUCGGGGCAUUUGUAAAGACUUUUCCUGUAGACAUCCUGAGCACAAACCAGGUAUCAGGCAUCUUCUUCUUCUUCUUCUUCUUCUUUUUCUUCUUCUUCUUCAGCGGGCUUCACUACGAUUGCAUUUGUUCACGCGACACUUCAGAAUACUGUAAUGGGCUGACUCCACCAGAUCCAUGUCUGGUCCGUCUCUGAUCCAUCACAGCACUGGAUCUGAUUUCCAUUCGAGUCAAUGUGUUAACUUCCACUGGAUCCGCAUCAUUGCAUUCCGGAUCGACUCGGAUCUGGCACGCGCAACGGAUCAUAUUUCACUUAACUACAACAACAAACCGCCAUGAUGAGCGGAGCCAGGCCUGGAGUCAACAGGUCAAAGGUUUUCAGAAGACCAGAAAGACAACAUGGAGGAGGAGAGGAGGAGGAGAAAACCUCGGUCACGUGACUCCAGCUGUCCGGCGGUCCUGCUCCAUGCUGCGUUCUUAAAAAACAACUGGUGGGUGUUGAUGGAGACAGACUGGACUCGGAUCUGGUGGAGGUCCCGUGUAAGAGUGACCUGUUGUAUUUGUGGGCACUCUGUGGGUGUGUCCUGUGGAGCUAACAAAUAUCUGAAUGAAACAAGCCCGCGUUUUCUAAAUGAGCUGCUUUUUAUUACUUUCAGCAAUAGCAAGGACAGAACGUCUAUUUUGAAUGUCCGUAGUGUAAGAUCAGGAGUGCAUUAUUAUAACGCUGCACCAGCUUUCCUGUGAAUAAGUGCAUCACCGCCCUGCAGAGGAGGACUCUUCAUCCCCUGCUCAGAGCGGACACUGAAUCAUUUCAGUUUCGUGUUAGCGUGUCGUCUCUCUUAAAGGACUCUCUGGUAUCGAACAGACGAGGGAACAAGUGCCACAGUUACUGAACUUCCCCCCCCCUGAACACCAUCGUAUGCGCUCUGCCGGCACCAGAAUAGGAAACCCAGACUAAACACAGCUGCUGGGGUCCAGAGAAGAAGAGAUCUGUAUCAGUGUAGUCUUUUUUUUGUGUCUUUCAUAUCUCUAGGUGAAUUGCAAUACUUGUGUUUAUAGUUUCUGAGGUGUCAGGGUGUCAGUUUGCAAUAAAUGGUAUAUUCUGCUGUG